AUGUCUGGUGAAAAAGUCAACAGAGAAGCUAUGUAUCGUGUCCUUAAAUCCUUAUGGUUCACAAAGGAAGAAGUUAACUUUGUAGCUUUAAACGAUGGAACAAUACUUGUUAAAUUCGGCAACAUCGAAGAUCGAACGAGAAUGCUAAACUUGACCCCAUGGCUUUUUGAUCAAAGUCUAUUUCCGUUGUUUCCUUUUGUUAAGGGUCAGGAAAUGGACGACUAUGAGUUUAAUAUCAUGCCUUUUUGGAUCAGGAUUUAUAAUAUCCCCUUUGAGCAAAUGGAUAGAGAGGUGGCCAUCGACGUGGGAAAGGCGAUUGGGGAGGUUGUAGCUAUUGACUGCCAUGAUAAAAAUGGGAGGUGGACUGAGUACAUCAGAAUUAGGGUUAAGAUAGAUGUGCUAAGACCCCUUCGAAGGGUGGUCCAUUUAGUUGGCAGUGAAGGCACCGAGACUGUCUGUACGAUCAAAUAUGAAAGGCUACCUGCUUUCUGUUACAUAUGCGGCCUUAUUGGAGACACUACUCAAAAAUGUAAUAGAAAAGAAGAGCACCUUGAAACGAACAAUCUCAACUUCCAAUAUGGGAGUUGGCUUAGACCUCAGUUAGGAGGGCCAACCCAAGCUAGAUGUAACCGGAGAAAUGGGAUCGCAAUCCUGGAAAAGAAGAUAAACCCGAGGGAAGAGACCAAUGGUAAUAAGGAGGGAAUGUAG